UGAAGGGGUGGGUCUAUGGUACAUCACCUGAGUUGUGGGGUAAAUGUAGAGAGUGUCAAUCAAAGGCAGAGCUCUCAGAGCUGGGAAGGAGGCUCUAGAUGGCGGCUGUGCCUUAGAGAGAGCGCGCUCUGCUCCCUGCCUUUGCCUCACUUUACGCAACUUUCCCUAACUUUCUGGCAGCCUCAGGGGGCCCCCGCAGCCCCCUGCCUCUCCUAGUGACUUACUGGGGUCGAUUUGAACCUUUUUAAGGGAGAAAAGCAGCUUUUGGGAGCUUUCUUUUCGUGCCUUGUUGGAAAGAAGCAGCCGUACUGAGAGCCCAGGUCGUUGUUUUUUCCAGCUUAGAAGCCAUGGCGCACCUCCAUUUUUGUGCGCUCUCUUAAUGAGGUUUUUUUUCUUCCGGACCCUUUUUAGUUUUAAUUAUUGUUUUAUUUUUUGACCAGUUAACAUAUUUGAAGAUUAUUUUAUUUAUUUUUAGUUUUUUUACCGGAGGAUUUUGCCUUUAUUUUUAAUUAUUUUGGAUCUGAUAUUAUUCUACCACUAGCUAGGACUCUUGCUUUGGACAUACUACAUGGAUCAGUAAAUACCUGGGCACAGGACUUCAAAGCAAACACAGAUUCCCCCUCCCCCCUUAAUAUUUAAGAAUUAAAAGAUGAUGAGAAAUAAGGACAAAAGCCAAGAGGAGGACAGUUCGCUACACAGCAAUGUAUCGAGUCAUUCUGGCUCUGAAGAAGCAUCCGGUUCAGACUCAGGCAGCCAGUCGGAAAGUGAGCAGGGAAGUGACCCGGGGAGUGGCCAUGGCACUGAGUCAAAUAGCACUUCUGAAUCUUCAGAGAGUCAGUCUGAAUCUGAGAGCGAAUCUGCAGGCUCCAAAUCCCAGCCAGUCCUUCCCGAAGCCAAAGAGAAGCCAGCAUCUAAGAAGGAACGGAUAGCUGAUGUCAAGAAGAUGUGGGAAGAAUACCCUGAUGUUUAUGGAGUCAGGCGGUCAAACCGAAGCAGACAAGAACCAUCACGAUUUAAUAUUAAGGAAGAGGCCAGUAGCGGGUCUGAGAGUGGGAGCCCAAAACGAAGAGGCCAGAGGCAGCUGAAAAAACAAGAAAAAUGGAAACGCGAGCCCUCAGAAGAUGAACGGGAACAGGGCACCAGUGCGGAGAGUGAACCUGAGCAAAAAAAAGUGAAAACAAGAAGGCCUGUGCCCAAAAGAACAGUGCCCAAACCUCGUGUUAAAAAGCAGCCGAAGAUCCAGCGUGGAAAAAGAAAAAAGCAAGAUUCUUCUGAUGAUGACGAGGAAGAUGAUGAAGCACCAAAAAGGCAGACUCGUCGGAGGGCGGCUAAAAAUGUCAGUUAUAAAGAAGAUGAUGACUUUGAAACUGACUCUGAUGAUCUCAUUGAGAUGACUGGAGAAGGAGUUGGUGAACAACAGGAUAAUGGUGAAACUAUUGAAAAGAUCUUAGAUUCCAGAUUGGGAAAGAAAGGAGCCACUGGAGCUUCUACUACAGUGUAUGCUGUUGAAGCUAAUGGAGACCCGAGUGGUGACUUUGACCCUGGGAAGGGUGAAGGUGAAACCCAGUACCUCGUCAAGUGGAAGGGGUGGUCUCACAUCCACAGCACAUGGGAGAGUGAAGAGUCCUUACAGCAGCAGAAAGUGAAGGGCCUCAAAAAGCUAGAGAACUUCAAAAAGAAAGAGGAUGAAAUCAAACAAUGGUUAGGAAAAGUUUCUCCUGAAGAUGUAGAGUAUUUCAAUUGCCAACAGGAGCUGGCCUCAGAGUUGAAUAAACAGUAUCAGAUAGUAGAAAGAGUAAUAGCGGUAAAGACAAGCAAAUCUACGUUGGGCCAAACAGAUUUUCCAGCUCACAGCCGGAAGCCAGCACCUUCAAAUGAACCUGAAUAUCUAUGCAAAUGGAUGGGACUGCCCUAUUCAGAGUGUAGCUGGGAAGAUGAAGCUCUGAUUGGAAAAAAAUUCCACAACUGUAUCGACAGCUUCCACAGUCGAAACAAUUCAAAAACUAUACCAACAAGAGAAUGCAAGGCCCUGAAGCAGAGACCACGAUUUGUAGCUUUAAAAAAACAGCCCGCAUAUUUAGGAGGGGAAAAUCUGGAGCUCCGCGAUUAUCAGCUAGAAGGUCUCAACUGGCUUGCUCAUUCUUGGUGCAAAAGUAACAGUGUAAUCCUUGCUGAUGAAAUGGGCCUAGGAAAGACCAUCCAGACCAUAUCAUUCCUCUCCUACCUGUUCCACCAACACCAGCUGUAUGGACCUUUUCUUAUAGUCGUCCCUUUAUCCACCCUCACCUCAUGGCAGAGGGAGUUUGAAAUCUGGGCACCAGAAAUAAACGUAGUGGUUUACAUAGGUGACCUGAUGAGCAGAAAUACGAUACGGGAGUACGAGUGGAUUCAUUCCCAAACCAAAAGGCUGAAGUUCAAUGCACUUAUAACAACAUACGAGAUUCUUUUAAAAGACAAGACUGUGCUGGGCAGUAUUAACUGGGCCUUUCUGGGAGUGGAUGAAGCCCAUCGGUUGAAGAAUGAUGACUCUUUAUUGUAUAAAACUCUGAUUGAUUUCAAGUCCAACCAUAGGCUCCUGAUUACGGGCACCCCUCUUCAGAAUUCCCUCAAGGAGCUCUGGUCCUUGCUGCACUUUAUUAUGCCGGAGAAGUUUGAGUUCUGGGAAGACUUCGAAGAAGACCAUGGAAAAGGGAGAGAGAAUGGCUACCAGAGUCUUCACAAGGUGCUGGAGCCUUUCCUUCUCCGGAGAGUCAAAAAAGACGUUGAGAAGUCCCUUCCUGCCAAAGUGGAGCAGAUCCUCAGGGUAGAGAUGUCGGCCCUUCAGAAACAGUAUUACAAAUGGAUUCUGACCAGGAAUUACAAGGCUCUUGCCAAAGGAACAAGAGGGAGCACAUCUGGUUUCCUUAAUAUUGUGAUGGAACUAAAAAAAUGUUGCAACCACUGCUAUCUGAUUAAACCUCCUGAAGAAAAUGAAAGGGAAAAUGGACAGGAGAUUCUCCUGUCCCUGAUCAGGAGCAGUGGGAAGCUGAUCCUAUUAGAUAAACUAUUGACAAGACUUCGUGAAAGGGGGAACAGAGUCCUUAUCUUCUCUCAGAUGGUGAGAAUGCUGGACAUCCUGGCCGAGUACCUGACUAUUAAGCACUACCCUUUCCAGCGUUUAGAUGGCUCCAUCAAGGGAGAAAUCCGAAAACAGGCACUGGAUCACUUCAAUGCAGAUGGGUCUGAGGACUUCUGUUUCCUGCUUUCGACAAGGGCUGGUGGCCUGGGAAUCAAUUUGGCGUCAGCGGACACAGUUGUCAUCUUUGACUCUGACUGGAACCCCCAGAACGACUUGCAGGCACAAGCCCGGGCCCAUAGAAUUGGUCAAAAGAAGCAGGUAAAUAUUUAUCGCUUGGUUACAAAAGGGACUGUGGAAGAGGAGAUCAUAGAGCGAGCCAAAAAGAAGAUGGUAUUGGACCAUCUGGUGAUUCAGCGCAUGGAUACCACUGGCCGGACAGUCCUGGAAAACAAUUCUGGAAGGUCCAAUUCAAAUCCUUUUAAUAAAGAAGAGCUGACAGCUAUUUUGAAAUUUGGAGCAGAGGAUCUCUUCAAAGAGCUUGAAGGGGAGGAAUCAGAGCCUCAGGAAAUGGAUAUAGAUGAAAUUUUGCGCUUGGCUGAAACCAGAGAGAAUGAAGUAUCCACAAGUGCCACUGAUGAGCUUCUGUCACAGUUUAAGGUUGCCAACUUUGCAACAAUGGAAGAUGAAGAAGAGCUAGAAGAACGUCCUCACAAGGAUUGGGAUGAGAUUAUUCCAGAGGAGCAAAGGAAAAAAGUAGAGGAGGAGGAGCGGCAGAAGGAGCUAGAAGAAAUUUAUAUGUUGCCUCGAAUUCGUAGUUCCACUAAAAAGGCUCAGACAAAUGACAGUGAUUCUGACACUGAGUCUAAAAGGCAAGCCCAGAGAUCCUCUGCUUCUGAGAGUGAGACAGAAGACUCGGAUGAUGACAAGAAGCCAAAGCGCAGGGGGCGUCCCAGGAGUGUGCGCAAAGACCUAGUGGAGGGCUUCACGGAUGCGGAGAUCCGCAGGUUCAUCAAGGCUUAUAAGAAAUUUGGUCUCCCUCUUGAACGGCUGGAGUGCAUAGCCCGUGAUGCUGAGCUGGUGGAUAAGUCUGUGGCAGACCUGAAGCGCCUGGGUGAACUGAUUCACAACAGCUGUGUGUCUGCAAUGCAGGAAUAUGAAGAACAGCUGAAAGAAAAUGCUAGCGAGGGGAAAGGUCCCGGAAAAAGGAGAGGCCCAACAAUCAAGAUAUCUGGAGUUCAGGUUAAUGUGAAAUCCAUUAUCCAACAUGAAGAAGAGUUUGAGAUGCUUCAUAAAUCUAUCCCUGUGGACCCUGAAGAAAAAAAAAAAUACUGCCUGACCUGUCGGGUCAAAGCUGCACACUUUGACGUAGAGUGGGGUGUGGAGGAUGACUCUCGCCUGCUGCUGGGAAUUUAUGAACAUGGCUAUGGAAACUGGGAGUUAAUUAAGACAGACCCAGAGCUGAAACUGACGGACAAAAUUCUGCCUGUGGAGACAGAUAAAAAGCCCCAGGGGAAGCAGCUACAGAACCGAGCGGACUACUUGCUGAAGCUGCUCAGGAAGGGCCUGGAGAAGAAGGGGGCCGUGGCAGGUGGGGAGGAGGCCAAACUGAAGAAAAGGAAGCCUCGGGUAAAGAAGGAAAACAAAGCGCCCAGGCUGAGAGAUGAGCAUGGCGUUGAGUUUUCGUCUCCCAGACACUCAGAUAACCCAUCAGAAGAGGGAGAAGUAAAGGAUGAUGGCUUAGAAAAAAGUCCAGUGAAAAAAAAGCAGAAGAAGAAAGAGAACAAAGAGAACAAAGAGAAACAAAUGAGUUCUAGGAAAGACAAAGAAGGGGACAAAGAAAGGAAGAAGUCAAAAGAUAAGAAAGAGAAGCCUAAAGGUGGUGAUGCCAAAUCUUCAAAUAAAUCAAAGCGAUCUCAGGGUCCUGUCCAUAUUACAGCAGGAAGUGAACCUGUCCCUAUCGGAGAGGAUGAAGAUGAUGAUCUCGACCAGGAGACCUUCAGUAUUUGUAAGGAGAGGAUGAGGCCCGUGAAAAAGGCACUGAAACAGCUGGACAAACCUGACAAGGGACUUAACGUACAAGAACAGCUUGAACACACACGGAGCUGCCUGCUCAAAAUUGGAGACCGGAUAGCCGAGUGCCUUAAAGCCUACUCAGACCAGGAGCACAUCAAACUGUGGAGGAGAAACCUAUGGAUUUUUGUUUCUAAGUUUACAGAAUUUGAUGCUCGAAAACUACAUAAGUUAUAUAAGAUGGCUCAUAAGAAAAGAUCUCAAGAGGAGGAGGAGCAAAAGAAGAAAGAUGACAUGAUUGGCGGUAAAAAACCAUUUCGACCGGAGGCCUCAAGUUCAAGUCGGGAUUCUCUGAUAUCUCAGUCUCAUACCUCUCACAGCCUUCACCCUCAGAAGCCUCAUUUGCCUGCCUCCCAUGGCCCACAAAUGCAUGGACACCCAAGAGAUAACUACAAUCACCCCAACAAAAGACACUUUAGUAAUGCAGAUCGAGGAGACUGGCAGAGGGAAAGAAAGUUCAACUAUGGUGCUGGCAAUAACAAUCCACCCUGGGGUAGCGACCGGCACCAUCAGUACGAACAGCACUGGUACAAGGACCACCACUAUGGUGACCGGCGACAUAUGGACGCCCACCGUUCUGGAAGCUAUCGGCCCAACAAUCUGUCCAGGAAGAGGCCAUACGAUCAGUACAGCAGCGACCGAGACCAUCGGGGCCAUAGAGACUACUAUGACAGACACCAUCAUGACUCCAAGCGGAGGCGAUCGGAUGAGUUCAGGCCUCAGAAUUACCACCAGCAGGAUUUCCGACGAAUGUCUGAUCACCGCCCCCCUAUGGGCUACCAUGGCCAGGGACCCUCAGACCAUUACCGCUCUUUCCACACAGACAAAUUGGGGGAAUAUAAACAGCCGCUGCCCCCGCUGCACCCCGCAGGCUCGGAUCCUCGCUCACCCCCUUCUCAAAAAUCUCCUCAUGAAUCCAAGUCCCCCCUGGAUCACAGGUCUCCUUUGGAGAGAUCACUAGAACAGAAAAACAACCCAGAUUAUAACUGGAACGUUCGGAAAACAUAAAGGACAGCGUGGUCGGGGGAGAGCAGGAGUCAUCAAGCACGUGGACGCUUUGGGUUGGUGGCCGGUUUUGGGACCGGGGUGGAGCUUCUGGAUAUGCUGCCACCGGCUCCUGCCGGCCAAAGGAGCACUUCAGGGAGUGGGAGGCCUUUGGCGGCCAGCUUUGGUCUGGGCACUGCUCCUGCACUUUGGCCCCCGCCCGACUCCAGCCUGGCUCAGGCCUCCCGCCUCGAUGGGUGCUAGGAGGAGCGGUGACUUCUGCAUACCAGCUUCAUUGGGCUGUUCUCCAGUGAAGGGAUUGGGGAUCUCUGAGUCAUGAAUGUCUUGUUGCCAGGUUCAGUGUCCCCUGGACCUCGGUGCAGUGGUCAGGGGAAGGCACUGGUGCAUGAAGGCUGCCGAGACCUGCUGGACAGUGUGUGAUUGGUUCACUAUGAUGUAACGGAUGCUGCUGACGGGGGCGGGGUGGGGUUGGGGUGAGGGUGGCGUCUCACAUCUAGGACUUGGAGGGGAGCAGGUGCACCCCUCCAGUGUGUUCUGGGAGAAGUGAGACUCUUGACCCACAUGUGAAACCUAAGGGUGGGGUGGGGCGGGGCCGGAUAAAGAGAGGGAAGCACCUUCUGCCUUUGCCUCCUCCCUACCAACACUAAUUCCCUGCUGUCUUUGUAUAUUUCAGAGCCUCGGUCUCACUGUGGGCCUCCUUUUUCCCUCUGUGCUGGGGAGAGGCAGGCUGACUUCGAGUGCUGUGAGUUAGGCAGCCUUGGUGUCAGCAUGGGUCUCACUGACUGGGGAGUGAGCCGAAGGGUGUAGGGUGGGCUGGGGAGGGGUAAUGUGGCCAGGGAACGGGAAUCCCUGGCAGGCUUCUGACCUGUGGUGGGAGGGGAAGGAGAGGGCAAGCAGAGGCGGGCUUGCCAACCAGCCAGCUGUUCACGGCUGGAGUGGGGCCCUCGGAAGGCAGUGGGCAGGUCCCACCUGUGGGGGAGGCGUGCGAGCGAGCGGGGCGCUUUCAGUAUUGGAGUAGGCCGGCACUGCAGCUGCACUCUGGGUUAGUUCCCUUGCACAGCUCGAAGAAGUGGACUGAACAGAACCAUACAUCUCCUGGCGUUCGUGGGCUGGUCAGACAGAAAUCAGCUACCUGUGGUGAGCAAGUUUCCACCUGGAGCUGGAGGUCAUUAGAGUUUAACUCUCUGUCUUUUAGGGUAAGAUCUGUGAAGUAUAAACCAGCGUUAAUUGUUUUCCAAGCUAGGAAGCAUCCAAAGCCGGAGUAGCUGGCUACGGGUGGUAAGAAUCACGCUCGAGUUGGGAUUGAGUCAGGACUAGGGGCCAGGUGUCACAUCAUGAAGCAGGCUCCUUUCAGUGUACUGAUGCUGGGGCCUUCUAAAACAUUCAUUGUCAGUAUAGAUUGCCAGUAUUCUUAAGGCAUCCAAAGCCUUUGUAGAUGGAGACAGAAACACUGACUGAGACCUAAGGAGCAGUGUGCCUCUGAGUGUCCAGACUCAGAGCUGAUGAGAGCCCUGCCCUGCGCGCGUGCAGGGUUAAACCCACUGAACUGACUGCAGACCUUGUCCUGGGCAGCACCAUUAGCGCCUCCACCGAGACCUGCUGGACCACUGCUCCCUACUUGGCUUCCCGGGUAGGAGCCCUGAUCUCUGCAGCGCCUCUGCUCCCACGGUACUCUGGGUUGCUGGCUUUGGCCUCUACAUUCAUGUCCUGCAGCAGAGCCCAGUGACUGCUUGGAGAAGGUGGGGAAUUCAGCCUCCACCCUGGCUACACGGUGAAAAGGAAAGCAGAGGUGGAGCUUCUUGCUGAUGGUUAUGCCACUACCCCAUGUUUUUCCCGCCCAAGCCAAAGAGCAAGGCUAGGUUGGCUUGCUGCGCCCCUGAUUGUUGUACCGACUCACUAAGGUUUUUCUCUCCAGUUGUUGAUAGGAAAUGCAAGUUAUUCCCAAAGAUGUCUCAUCAUGAGGAAAGAGAAACUUACUUUUGUUCAUAUUCAGGACUUUUGGUGCCAUAUGAUGUAGCAGGAGGCAGUAUCAGCCAGAUCAGUGUUACAUUGCUUCGGAAAAGACAGCAUGCUUCUGUAAACAUCUGUGUUAGGUGGUGAAGGAUAUCUGAAGAGUGGGCUGGUAGAAAGGAAGCACUUCCUCAUUGAUUUAAAUCAGUAUGAGCAGCAUACGCUGGAAUCACAACAGAAGUUUGCACAGGUAGAAAUUCUCACGUGUAAGCGGGAGAAGUUGCCCGGGAACUGGAGGACCGUAUUCUGUGGAGCCUGGCGAUAAGCUCUUGCAUUGUUGGUGGAGAUAGAGUGGGUUGAGCGAGGAGGGAGUGACCCUCACCAAAAGCCGAGGUAAACGAGGACGGACCUGAUGCACGAUAGCCCUAGGACAGGACACAUGAAGCCCAGGCUGAGGCUGGGCCCUCUGGGAGCCUGGCCCCAUGGCCCUUGGCCUGCUGUCCUCUCCAUUUAGUCAUUCCUGUCAGAGGGACACCCAAGCGUGUCUCACGCCGCCCUGCAGACGCUCCGGCCCCAUGCGCAGGCGCCGCAGUGCAAGGGUGUUCACUAGGCGUUCACGCGGUGACACUGAAGUCCUAUGACCAAAUCCACUUGUCAGCAGGAGCGGCGGCCCAGGCCCAGCACAGUGGUCUUGCGGGCCGGGGUGGCCGGGGCGAGGAGCCACGCCAAGGGUCCAGGCUGCUUUAGUCCAUCUGCGCCCCACUCACUGGGGACAGGUGGUUUUCUUUAUUGUAAAAUUGUGGACUUUUAAACCUGUUGACUAAACAGUAAUUAAUUUAUAUUUGUGAAAAAUGCCACUGUCCUAGUGAUUUCUGAUGUAAAUAAUGUUGUUUAUAUAGUAUGUAUUAAAUUUUCCUACAUUGUAAAACUGCUGUACUUUUGAUUCUUGUAUAUUAAAAAGUGUUACUAAGGAUUUUUA